CUUCCUACCUCAUCCCUCCUGGACACAACACCGUGUGAAGCUGGAGGCUGAAACUGCUGCUACAACUUUUCCGCUGAGACUUCGCUUUAACUUUCGGUUCUCUUCAGUCCUCUGCUCAGCGAUGGACCCCAGUAGAUGCCAUCAGGGUCCUCUAGCGGGCAGAAGAUCGUCCAGUCCUGCACCUACGACACCGGCAGCUACGAAGGGACAGGAAACCGGUCACAGACCCAGACUCACCAUAACUCCUUUCCACAACUCGCCCAUCGUCGGCAGCGAUGCGUCUCUGCGUGGUAAACGACCAGGAAGCGCUCCGGGGAAAGCCCCGGCGUCUCCUGGCGGCCUGUUCCUGACCACGCCGGCACGUCUGGCGGCUGCAUCGAUGAGGGAAAGUUCAGGCUCCACGCAGGAGACGGCAGGAGAGAAGGCACAAGCAAGCUCCUUCAUCAAGCCUGUAAAGUCUGCCGGCAUGAAGACGCCAAGGCCGUCCCAGACAGACGCAGUGAAGUCUGAAGCAGCGUCUGACGUGGAGCCGAAGCGCCUCCAGGAGAGCGGCGGCAGCGGGAAGACCGCCUCCAGCUCCGGCAAACCUCAGACGGCUGUGAAGAAGAGGAGGAGGAAGAUGGGGAUGUACAACUUGGUCCCCAAAAAGAAGGUGAAGACGGUCCAACACCACAAGAAAAAACAGAAGCCAGAAGCCGGAGUAGAGAAAAGUCAGCCUGCAGCAGAUGAGGCGUCUGUGCCUGGAGGACAUCCACCCACCAGGAAGGAGGUGGAGUCCGGAGACGGCGGCCAUGUUGAAUACACGGAGCUGGCUUUGGACUGCCUGGACCUGAAAGCUCAGGAAGAACUUCUCUCACCGCCCCUUUCAGGAGAUGCUGAGGUGACGGAGAAAGACCUGGCGGAGGAGUUACCGCUGUGCUGCUGUCGUAUGGAGACUCCGAACGGCGGCGGGAGCCUGUCCAGUCCGGAUCAGACCUGCAUGGCCAUGGAGAGCAGCGAUGGGACGCUGAGUCGCUGCCAGAAGUCGGUGAUGAAGCAGGAGAUGAUGCGACCCUCCAACACGGUGCAUCUGCUGGUUCUGUGUGAGGACCACCGGGCCGGCAUGGUCAAGCACCAGUGCUGCCCUGGCUGUGGACUCUUCUGCAGGGCGGGAACCUUCAUGGAGUGCCGGCCGUACGGCAGCAUUUCUCACCGCUUCCACCGCGACUGUGCCUCCAUCUUGAAGGACUGCAGGUUUUGCCCCCACUGUGGAGAGGAUGCCAGCGGCGCCGUCGAGGUCGUCGUUUCCAAGCCCGACCAGUCGCCGUCUGUUCCCAGAUCCAACCCCGGACCUCUGCUUCCCGUCGUGGCCACGCUCCCGUCCGUCCCAACCACGCCGGCUGUCCCUCAAAUACUGAGAGCAAAGAAGAGCUGCGAGCCUCGGAGGAGCCGAGACCAGAGUCCAAGCAGGCUGAAAGACCAGGCUGUUCACGCUGCAGACAACAUCCCUAAAGAGUCUCUGGAGAGCAUCCUCAUGGCCCUGGACGACGACAACCUUAAACCAAAGAAAGUGAAGUUCCCGGCCAGGCAGCUCUACCUGUCUGCAAAGCAAGGAGACCUGCAAAGAGUCAUUCAGCUGCUGGUUGAUGGAAAAGAUCCCAACUUUGUGAUGGAGGGGCAGAACAGGCGCACCCCACUUCACGCAGCCGCUGCUGAGGGUCAUCAGGAGAUCUGCCACAUGUUGAUACAGGCGGGAGCCAACCUGGACAUGUUUGAUGAGGAGCACAGAACUCCGCUGAUGGCAGCCUGUGAAAACAAACAUCUGGACACGGUGACGUACCUGCUGAGAGCCGGAGCUGCUGCUGGCCACAAGGAUAUCUUGGGGUUUACCUGUCUGCACCUGGCAGCUAAACUGGGACAUUAUGACAUAACCCAUCAUCUGCUCACCAAGGCUUCCAAAUACAUCAACCUUCAGGAUGAUGGAGGGUGGACUCCCAUCACCUGGGCCAUCGAGUACAAGCACAAAGACCUGGUCCACCUGCUUCUGGCCAAAGGGGCCGACGUUAAUAUAAAAGACAAGGAGGAGAACGUCUGCCUGCACUGGGCGGCUCUGUCGGGCUGCGAUGACGUCGCCCAGGCUCUGCUGGAGGCUCGAUGCGACCUGAACGCCGUCAACGUGCACGGUGACACACCGCUGCACGUCGCCGCCAGAGAGAACCACCUGGAGUGUGUCAUGUUGUUUCUGUCCCGCGGAGCCGACAUCACUCAGAGGAACAAAGAGGGGGGGACGGCUCUGGACUGUUGUCCCUGCGGGUCAAAGGUGUGGACAGCCCUGAACACCAACAAGAAGCUGACUGAGGCCAGGAGAGGCCGGGACUGUCAGGGGGAACGACUGCUCAGCAGGGAUAUUUCUCGGGGGUACGAGGCAGUUCCUAUCAGCUGUGUGAACGGAGUGGACAACGAGCCGUGUCCUGAAAACUUUAAAUACAUCCCAGACAGCUGCGUCACGUCCCCGCUGAACAUCGACAAGGACAUCACUCACCUGCAGCACUGCAGCUGCACCGACGACUGCUCGUCCAGCUCCUGCAUGUGUGGUCAGCUCAGCCUGCGAUGUUGGUACGACAGCGACGGUCGGCUGCUGCUGGACUUUUCUCAGUGGGAGCCUCCGGUUCUGUUUGAGUGCAACCACGCCUGCUCCUGCUGGAGAACCUGCAGAAACCGCGUGGUCCAGAAUGGACUCAGAGUCCGGCUGCAGCUCUAUAGGACAGAGAAGAUGGGCUGGGGAGUGAGGGCCGUGCAGGACAUCCCUCAGGGAACCUUCAUCUGCGAGUAUGUCGGGGAGAUCAUCACCGACACCGAGGCCGACAAAAGAGAGAACGACUCCUUCCUCUUCACCCUCGACAACAAGGUGGGCGACGUCCACUGCAUGGACGCCAGGCUCUUUGGCAACAUCGGCCGCUUCAUCAACCAUCUGUGUGAGCCCAACCUGCUGGCUGUGAGGGUGUUCACCAUGCACCAGGACCUCCGCUUCCCCCGGGUAGCCUUCUUCUCCAGCAGGCCCAUCAAGGCUGGAGACCAGAUCGGGAUGGACUACGGCGAAAACUACUGGAGGGUGAAGAGGAAGUACUUCGGCUGCCAGUGCGGCUCGCCGAAGUGUCGCCACGCGGCCGCCAGCAGAUAGGAGCUCGCCGAAGUGUCGCCACGCGGCCGCCAGCAGAUAGGAGCUCGCCAACGACCUCGCCGAUCUGUAACCGUCAGAAACACUGAAGAAAAUCCCCGAAAACGGCUCAGCUUGGAGUUUUUAAACCACAAAGCAGAGAUUUAACUUAUUUAUUCAGUUUUUUCUACGAGCGACCAGAGAACUAAAAACUAGAGCUGGUAAAAAAAACGUCCUAACGAGUUACUGGUUUCUGUAAUUACUACGUUUAAAUAUUUAACACGUGCAGCAUCCGUCGUUUAUGACGGCGAGACAAGGUGAGCUGGCUCACUCUGGACGGGUUUAUGGGCGUCACACCGGCGGAGGAUGAGGAUGUUUUAACACACACACACACGUUUCCUGAAGAAACGUUACUGUUCCGGUGGUUUCCGCACAGCCGCCUCCACCUGUCGGUGAUCAGCUGAUCAGCGUUUCUCUCGUUACGUUUGUUUUUCCGCUUAGAAACGAGCGGUUUAUGGUUCACACACACACACACACACACUCUGAAGUAUUGAUCUUGGACACGUUAGCUAAAGCAGGAAGUUACUUCGGUCAGACCCACGUCACCGUCUCAUGAAGCUGAAGAAUGAAACCUGCUGAUAAGCAGCCUGUUUGUUACAUGUUCACCUUCAUUUCCUGUAACGUUCAGUAAAAACGGGGUUUUCUAGUUUAAACUCUACCAGCCAUCAUCUCUGAAGAUGAUCCGGUUCAGAAAUCUGGUGAAUGUUAAACAGCAAACGGUCUAAAUCUCUCAGGAGACUCAGGUCUGAUCUUUAAUGUGGUGAGAAUCUAUGAACAGGGUCUGGAUAUAAAUCAGAGACCUUCUCUAACACAGUAGCUGGCUGGUGGUAGACCAGGUUUAUACUUCAGAUAUGCAGGGGCGGGACUAGAAAGCUUAGAUGGGGGGCAGGGCAGGAAAGGGGGGCCCAGAUGAGAUAUAUUUUAUAAGGACUUGAUUUUAAAGUCAUCAUCCAGGAGAAAAACCCGGUGAGCAUCGGCUCUUUGUUGGUACAGCACAGUAAAAACGGACAUAGUCACGAAUGUUGAUUAAUCAGAUUAAUUCAUUUGUAGGCUGAUUAAUCUGGUUAAAUAUUUUAAUCAUUUGACAGCGUUGCCAAAAAGAAAUCUUACUCAGUGACUUUUAACACUUUUAAAUGUGAAUUAAUGAAAUCUGGUCGUAUUUUUUGGAAGUCUGACCUGUUUUUUUUACUGCUUUUUACGUCUGAUGGGCAAUAAAACAAACUUUAAAGCAUC